AUGUAUUCUUAUCCUUCUCUCCCUUUCCCUCUCUCCCCUCCCCUUCUCUCCUCUUCCUUCUCUCCCCUUCCCUCUCUCCCCUCCCCUUCUCUCCUUCCUUCUCUCCCCUUCCCUCUCUCCCCUCCCCUUCUCUCCCCUUCCCUCUCUCCCUUCCCCUUCUCUCCCCUUCCCUCUCUCCCCUCCCCUUCUCUCCCCUUCCCUCUCUCCCCUCCCCUUCUCUCCCCUUCCCUCUCUCCCCUUCCCUCUCUCCCCUACGCUCUCUCCCCUUCCCUCUCUACCCUUCCCUCUCUCCCCUUCCCUCUCUCCCUCCCCCCUUCCUCUCUCCCCUUCACCCUCUCCUCCUCCUGUCCGGAGUUGUUCUCAGGUCAGCCCAUCCACGCCAUCAGCAGCUCGCUCCUCUCCCACCCCUCCACCAACCCAUUCCCCUCCCCUGCUGCCGCACACGCUUCCGUCAGCGAUGAUGCUCGUACUCCUCCCACUUCUCCAACACUUCAUCUCCUUGGACUCCCACCCUCCAGCACCCGCCACCCCUCUUUCGCCCUCUUCUCAUUCCGUCUGGUAACAUUCCAGGAACCUUCUCCAUGUUCCUUGUGCUGUAAUUGCUGCCCCAUCCCACCUCCCCAUCUCCUCAUCCCACCUCCCCAUCUUCUCAUCCCACCUCCCCAUCUCCUCUUCUCCCCUUGUUUCCACCCCCAUCCGUCCCCAUUUAAUCUCUUCUCCCCUCGUUUCCACCCCUAUCCGUCCCCUAUUAACCUCUUCUUCCCUCGUUUCGACCUCACCAUCUCAUCUCCCCUUUAUGCCUCCAACCACCACUCUCUGCCUUCCCGUCCCCCCUUUUUGCAUCCGUCCAAGAACCUCUCCCCUCUUCCCUACCUUCCCUCCCCAUCCUUCCCUCCUCUUACUCCCCUCCCCUUCCUCCCCAUCCCUGCCCUUCCCUCCAUGCCCUUCCCUUCUCUUACCGUUUUGCAUACAAGUCAGCACGUGUGCCAAUUCCCUCUGCUCCGGCUGCAAACAGGUCAAGGCAUGGCCCAAGCAAACUUGGCACUCCCCUUCCCCAUCGCUGCCACUCCCCUCCACAGUCGCUUGAACGACAGGGUAGCGGGGGAAGCCUCCCUUCCUUGCAUCACCCCUACCCUCUUCUGUUCUCCCCGUUCCCCCUUUUUACCACCGUUCUCUUCCUUCACAUCUCAACUGCCCUUUUUCUCAUCCUUGGAGCCUUCCUUCCUCCCGUCACCCCUCCCUUUGUUCCAGUUACAAGCAGGUCUAAGCUAG